UUGUAUUCCAAGAGAAUUUUCUUUUAAUUUUCUUGUUGAUUUGAGAAGAGAAAUUUGUCAAAAAGCAGAUAAUAAAUUAGUUGAAUUAUUUAAAAAACAUUUAUUAAUUGGAUUUUUUGAUUCAGAAAAUGCUCUUAUUCAAUCAGAAAAUAAUGUUUAUUUAAUUAAUAAUCAAAAAAUUCUUCGACAGUUUUUCUAUCAGGUAAGGGGGGAGAUGGGGAUGGUGAUUUUUUUUCUAGUUAAUUAUUUUUUCUUUUGGAAAUAUGGGUGCUUAUGAUUUAAUAAUUCAAUCAGAAAAUUUUUCAACAAAAAAUCUUUCAAUUUACCAAUUACUUUUAUUAGAAGAAGAGGAAAAGGAGAUUUCCAAUUUAUGUCAAAUUCUUGUUAAAAAUAGAGAAAUUCUUUGGGAUUUUUUCUCAAUUAAAAUAAUUUUAAAUUCAAUUAAUGAAGAUGCUGUUUUAGCAGCAAUUCCUUGCCUUAUUAACGGUUAUUUGCCUGAAAUGGAAGGAUUACCUUUACUUUUAUAUAAAUUGGCCAAUGUUAAUUAUGAAGAUGAAAAAAGUUGUUAUUCCCAAAUUGCUUUUGCUCUUGCUGAUUUUCAUCUUCCCUCAAUGACCGAAGAAGAUUAUGAAAAUUUAAAUGAAGAACAACAAAAUAUUUUUAAAAAACAAAAUUUGAGAGUUGAGAGAACUCUUCGUUCUUUGAUUUUUCCAGCUUUACGAAACAGAUUUUUGCCUAGUUCAGAAUUAGAAGAAUAUAUUAAAGAAUUAACUUCAACUGCUAAAGCUUUUAAACAUUUUGGACGUUGCUAA